ACUCCGCCUUAAAUGAUUUCGACGGCGCACGGAUUGGACGUGACGUCACGCAUAAAUAAUAUUUUGAAAACAAGGACGUCAUUCAUAGGACAGUUUAACGGCAUGUUACCCAACAAAGUGGGCGUGUGUAUGUGGUCGUAUAGCUAUCUACUAGACUGUAGAGGAACGGAAACUAGGCAUGAAAGCGUUGUAAGUUAGUCUGUUUCUUUAUUAAAAGGCGAUUUCUGCGACAGUUAAGUGGCUUCUAAUUAGGUUAGCGGUGUCCACUUUAAAUCCUGGUUCGUGAUGCAGUUCGGGCAGCGCAGGCGAUUCGAGGGCUUCCAGUUAACCUCCGUAGACUUCUUCGGUACGGACCUCACGGAAACCCUGUCUCAGGCGAUCCGGCAGGCCGAGGAAGACUCGCUUGCCGAAAAUGAAGACCAGGAGGCAAACGUGCUGUUUGGGAGCAUUAAGGGGAGUGUCGUGGGACUGCGAUACUAUACAGGCGUGGUGAACAAAGGAGAAAUGAUCUCCUUAGUGAGGGAGCCGCACAAUCCUUAUGACAGAAAUGCAGUCAUGGUGGCCAAUGUCUACGGGAAUCAGGUCGGGCACAUCAGGAGACAGCUGGCAGCUCCGUUGGCUGAAAUCAUGGAUAACAAACUUGCCAGGGUGGAGGGGGUGGUACCUUUUCGUGCAAACAAUGCGUUCACGAUGCCCGUGCACCUCUUGUUCUGGGGCAAAGAUGAGAAUAGAGCGGCAGUGGUGAAUGAGCUGGCCAGCCAUGGCUUCAAGCUUGACUCAGCAUCUCAAGGUGCAAAGGGAGCCGCAAGGGCAGGUAACACUCUGGAUAGGAUCUGGUCUGGCUCCAGGAAACCAGCCGCGCAGUUACUAACUGCUGAACAGCUGAAGAAUGCUUUCGACGAACUUUUUGACGAUCUCAUGGAAGACAAGACCCGGGAGAUGGAAGCAGCCGAGGCCAUCUGCACGCCUCUGCUUCCACACCAGAAACAGGCUUUGGCUUGGAUGACCUCCCGGGAGAAUAGUGACGACUUGCCCCCGUUCUGGAAGGAGGAGAACGGACAUUUCUUCAACGUCCUCACGAACUUUGCCGUCAGAGAGAGACCAGAUCAAGUCUUCGGGGGGAUCUUGGCUGAUGAUAUGGGAUUGGGAAAGACCCUCACCACGAUAGCACUCAUCCUCACCAACUUCCGAGACGGAAAGCCUCUGCCCUUGCAAAAAUGUACUGCUGUGCCGAAGAUGAAGACGAGCAGAUCCCGUGCCGCUGAUUCGAAAACGGGGAAAGAUUCCGCCCUUAAAGGGAAGGAUUCCGUUGAGGAAAUCCCACAAGCCUCUGCGAGUACGUCACAUUCUAAACGGCAUCACGAAGAUGAGUUCAGAGGCCCAGGAGAAGGGGAGGUGCCUGGGAAAAAAGUCAAGAAGAAAGAAAACCCUGGGACGAGUUCCAAAAAGGCCUCAGGGUGCCGGUCUUUGUGUUUUACAGCAUCAGCCACGCUGACAGAAGACGCUGACUUCGCAGCAGCGCUCGGAGGCUUCCAGCAGGGGGCAUAUGCUCAGAAUAAGAAAGCCAAGGGUAGCGGUAGCGGUAAGAAGCCCUUGAAGGGUAAGGAGGGUUCAGUGGCCAGAGCAACCUUGAUCGUCUGCCCUCUCUCUGUGCUCGGCGGCUGGCUGGACCAGUUUGAGCAGCACGUGUGCGCAGACGUGAACAUGAACACGUAUGCGUAUUACGGCUCGGAGCGGAACCGCGACCCCCAGUUCCUGGCCCAGCAGGAUGUGGUGCUGACCACCUAUAAUGUCCUGAGUGCAGAUUAUGGGAACAAUAGGAGCAGUCCUCUCCACACGGUCAACUGGCUGCGGGUGGUACUGGAUGAAGGGCACGUGGUGCGGAAUCCCAACGCACUGCAAAGCAAGGCUGUGCUGGCUCUGAAAGCCGAGCGUCGGUGGAUCUUAUCAGGCACUCCUAUUCAGAACUCGCUGAAGGACCUGUGGAUGCUCGUCGCCUUCCUGAAGCUGAAGCCCUUCGACGUGUGGGAGUGGUGGAACCGGGUCAUCCAGAGGCCCGUGACCUUGGGCGACAACACCGGCCUGAAGAACCUGCAGGCUCUGGUGAAAGGCAUCACUCUUAGGCGCACCAAGACAAGCAGAGUUGGUGGGCGGCCCGUGGUGAAACUUCCUGAGAAGAAGGUCUUCGUCCAGCACGUGAUCCUCUCUGAAGAAGAGAGGCAGCAGUACGAGAAGAUCAGGAUGGAUGGCAGGGCCAUCAUCGGCAGGUACUUCAGGGAGGGGACGGUCCUGACUAACUACGCCGACGUGCUGGCCAUCCUGCUCCGGCUCCGUCAGCUCUGCUGCCACCCGCAGCUAUUGGGGGGCUCCGGUAUCUUGGCAACAGUGACAACAGACGGUACCAAAGAGGGCGAGUGCACACCCAGCGAGUUACGAGCACGGUUACUGGAAAAGAUCACGCUGGUGCUGAGUUCUGGCUCGGACGAGGAGUGUGCCGUCUGCCUGGAGUCCAUCCGUCAGCCUGUCAUCACCUACUGUGCCCACGUCUACUGCAAGCCCUGCAUCUGCGAGGUUAUCCGCACGGAGAAGGACGAUGCCAAAUGUCCACUGUGUCGCGCUCAGAUCAACAGCAAGGAGCUGGUUGAGUACCCGGGAAAGCAGGAAGACCUGGACUCGGCCGACAGCAAAGACACCUGGAUGUCCAGUUCGAAGGUGAACGCUCUGAUGGCUCAUCUGCACCAACUGCGCAGCCAGGAUCCCAGCAUCAAGAGCUUGGUGGUUUCUCAGUUCACCAGGUUUCUGUCUCAGCUUGAAGUCCCGUUAAGGGAGCAGGGAUUCAUAUUCACACGGCUGGAUGGCUCCAUGAACCAGAAGAAAAGGGAGAGUGCCAUCCAGGCUUUCCAGGACCCUGCCCCGGGAAGUCCCACCAUCAUGCUGCUGUCACUCAAGGCUGGGGGGGUGGGGCUUAACCUGACCGCCGCCUCCCGGGUCUUCCUCAUGGACCCAGCUUGGAACCCUGCGGCGGAGGAGCAGUGUUUCGACAGAUGUCACCGCCUGGGCCAGAAGAAGGACGUGGUGAUCACAAAGUUCAUUGUGAAGGACUCCGUUGAAGAGAAUAUGGCCAGGAUCCAGGAGAAGAAGCAGAAGCUGGUGGAGAAGGCCUUCGGGGCUGCGAAUGCGCAGGAGCGCAAGCAGUCGCGGAUCGAGGACAUCCGAGUCCUCAUGGAGUUGUGACAGCAUAGCCCCCCCCCCCCCCCCCGACGGACUUAAGAAAUCUUGACUUGUGAAAGAAACUUCCUUUCCUUCUUUUGCAUUAACAUUGUGCAUUGCAGCUAUUGCGGGAAAGUUUAGAUUCCGGAAGGAGCCACGGAGAGAGAAGUAAUCUGAGAGACUACCAUGGACGUGGGUGCCUUGUUUAAAUAGCAGUCACUUGUCAGCAUCUUAUUGUUGAAGCAACUGUGUUUUUUUGCAGUUCACUGACAGAAUCCUUGGAAGGACACUAAAAAGGUGGCUUACCCAUUGCAUUCAGCAGGCUUCGCAGCUGCUAUUAGUAACCAAGAGGGAUUACAGGGAGAUCAGAGGGACCGAAGAGGCUUUUGCCAUGUCUGGGACAGCUGGUUCUCAUGAAUGGCUUCUACUGCCAGAUAGAGGGGACAGUUAACCUUCCAUGCGGGGUCCAGACUUUGCUGUUUUUAGUUAGUGCUGUAUGUACAACUGCCUUUGUUAUGAGUGUAUUGUUAUUCAUAGACCAAAUAUAUGGCUGAAUACCUGGAAA